AGGAAAAGGCCCAGAGGCAAAGACAAAGUAAGCAUAUUGUCAACCUUCCUCGCUCCCUUCAAGUACCUAAGUCCUGGAACCACAAACACGGAGGAUGAAGACAAUCUAAGUACCAGCAGUGCUGAAGUGAAGGAAAACCGAAAUGUGAGCAACCUGGGGACUAGGGCCCUGCCCCCUGCAGACUGGGCCAGAGGCAGCACAACCAGCAUUAAAAGGAAAAGGCCACUGGAGGAAGGAAACGCGGGGCAUUUCUGCAAACUCCAGCUGAUCUGGAAGAAGCUCUCCUGGUCUAUGACACCCAAGAAUGCCCUGGUCCAACUGCAUGAGCUGAAGCCGGGUCUGCAGUACCGGAUGGUGUCACAAACGGGCCCGGUGCACGCCCCAGUCUUCGCAGUGGCUGUGGAAGUGAACGGGCUCACGUUUGAAGGCACGGGGCCCACUAAAAAGAAAGCCAAGAUGCGGGCAGCAGAGAUGGCCCUGAAGUCCUUCGUGCAGUUCCCCAAUGCGUUUCAGGCCCACCUGGCUAUGGGCAGUAGUACCAGUUCAUGCACUGACUUCACCUCUGACCAGGCUGACUUCCCAGACACGUUGUUCAAGGAGUUCGAACCAUCUUCAAGAAAUGAGGACUUCCCCGGCUGUCGUCCUGUCGACCCGGAGUUUCUGUCUUCCACCUACCGACGAGGACGACUGUUCUACCACACACUGGACCUCAUGGGCCAGGCUCUGCCUGACAGGUCCAGGCUGGCCCCUGGGGCUCUGGGCGAGAGGAACCCUGUAGUGGUGCUGAAUGAGUUACGCUCAGGUCUGCGGUAUGUGUGCCUCUCUGAAACAGCCGAAAAGCCCCGAGUCAAGAGUUUUGUCAUGGCUGUGUGCGUGGACGGGAGGACGUUCGAAGGCUCUGGACGCAGCAAGAAGCUGGCCAAGGGCCAGGCAGCACAAGCUGCUUUGCAGGCCCUCUUCGACAUCCGGCUGCCUGGCCACACACCCAGCAGGAGUAAAAGCAACCUCUUGCCACAGGAUUUUGCAGACUCUGUGUCCCAGCUGGUCACACAGAAGUUCCGUGAGCUGACAGUUGGCCUGACAUCUGUGUAUGCCCGCCACAAAACACUGGCAGGAAUCGUCAUGACAAAAGGCUUGGACACCAAACAGGCGCAGGUCAUCGUCCUGUCCUCGGGGACCAAGUGCAUCAGCGGUGAGCACAUCAGUGACCAGGGGCUCGUUGUCAACGACUGCCACGCUGAAAUUGUGGCCAGGCGGGCAUUUCUUCACUUCCUCUACACUCAGCUGGAGCUGCACUUGAGCAAGCAUCGAGAGGACUCCGAGAGAUCAAUAUUCGUUCGUUUAAAGGAAGGAGGCUACAGGCUUCGAGAAAACAUCCUCUUCCAUCUCUACGUGAGCACGUCCCCCUGCGGAGACGCCAGACUCAACUCUCCCUACGAAAUCACCACAGAUUUGAACAGCAGCAAACACAUCGUCAGGAAGUUCCGAGGCCACCUGCGCACCAAGAUUGAGUCUGGGGAAGGGACAGUCCCUGUCCGAGGUCCCAGUGCAGUCCAGACGUGGGAUGGCAUCCUGCUGGGGGAGCAGCUAGUCACCAUGUCCUGCACAGACAAGAUUGCCAGCUGGAACGUGCUGGGACUGCAAGGUGCUCUCCUCUGCCACUUCAUUGAGCCUGUGUACCUUCACAGCGUCAUUGUGGGAAGCCUGCACCACACGGGCCACCUUGCACGGGUCAUGAGCCACAGGAUGGAGGGCAUCGGCCAGCUGCCUGCCUCCUACCGGCAAAACAAGCCUCUCCUUAGUGGCGUGAGUAACACCGAGGCCCGGCAGCCAGGAAAGUCUCCCCAGUUCAGUGCCAACUGGAUCGUGGGCAGUGCCGACCUGGAGAUCAUUAAUGCCACAACUGGGAAGAGGAGCUGUGGGGGUUCAUCCCGGCUCUGCAAGCACGUGUUUUCUGCUCGGUGGGCACGGCUGCAUGGUAGGCUAAGCACACGGAUCCCUGGUCAUGGAGACACACCGUCCAUGUACUGUGAGGCCAAGCUGGGGGCCCACACCUACCAGUCUGUUAAACAGCAGCUCUUCAAGGCUUUUCAGAAAGCUGGUCUUGGCACCUGGGUGAGAAAACCACCAGAGCAAGAUCAGUUUCUACUAAGUAUCUAA